UUCGAGUCAAAGUCAGUAGGUACCAAAACCUACCUGUAAAAAUCGAAUCAGACCCGCGUACCGAAGAUCGAAUAGUUGAGGUUAUAACGGAGUACGAUCUGCGCGGUUCGUUGCAUACAUCUGCGUUUUGUUUCUGUUGUUUUUGUUUCAUAUUGUGACAUACGUUUAUUUUUCCCAAUAGAACAGUCAAAUAGUUUUAAAAAAUUGUUAGAACUUGUGUGGAUAUUUUCGAUUUCGGAUGUUCUGAUAACGAUGGAAGAAACUGCACCUACAUCAAUCAGUACGACGGACGAUGCUUUCCGGACAACAUCGCGCGUCAUGUGACCAUACGUCGAGAUGCCCUCUAUCAAAAUGUAUCCCCCCGAUCGAAAUAUGGGGAUAUUCAAAUUGUGUUUUACCCUUUUCGUAAUAGUGGUUGUGAUUAACGGUAUUGAAUGUGGUAAGCACAGGAAUAAAGGACAGGCAAAUACUUCGCAUGCUAUACAACAACAUAUGCUUUCCAGGGGACCAGUAGCCGAAAAGGAAACUAAUACUUUGAAUAAAGAAAAGAUUUGUAUUGGUACGAACGGCCGAUUAUCAGUUCCAUCGAAUCGGGAUAGACACUACAGAAAUUUGAAGGAUAGAUACACAAAUUGCACUUACGUAGACGGUAAUCUUGAACUAACAUGGCUACAAGAACCCAACCAAGAUCUCAGUUUCUUACAGUCGAUCAGAGAAGUAACAGGAUAUGUUUUAAUUUCUCAUGUCGAUGUAAAAAAAGUGGUACUACCAAAUUUACAAAUUAUAAGAGGAAGAAAUGUAUUUUUGAUGAAUAUAGCUAACGAAGAAUUCACCCUUAUAGUAACAAUGUCGAAGAUGAUGAGUUUAGAACUUCCUGCUUUGCGAGACGUCUUAAAAGGAGACGUUGGAUUUUUGAAUAAUUACAAUCUUUGCCACAUUAAAACUAUCAAUUGGAAAGAAAUAAUAUCGGACGGAAAUUUCUCUUACGUUUACAAUUUCACAUCCCCCGAAAGGCAAUGUCCCGCUUGCGAUCGCGAAUGUGAAAACGGCUGUUGGGGCGAAGGCAAAAAAAAUUGUCAACAGUUUUCCAAAGUUUUCUGUAGUCCACAGUGCGCGGGUGGUAGAUGUUUCGGUACCAAACCCAGAGAAUGCUGUCACCUUUUUUGCGCCGGAGGAUGUACCGGUCCGACCCAAUCCGAUUGCAUAGCUUGCGUAAAUUUCUACGAUGACGGUGUUUGUACACAAGAAUGUCCUCCAAUGCAGAUCUACAAUCCUAGUACAUAUUCCUGGGAACCAAAUCCCGCCGGAAAAUACGCUUACGGUGCUACGUGCGUGAAAAAGUGCCCGGAACAUUUAUUGAAAGAUAACGGAGCGUGCGUAAGGACUUGUCCGGCUAAUAAACACGCCAAAAAUGGCGAAUGUGUACCUUGUGAAGGACCGUGUCCCAAACCUUGUACCAGCGACGGUACUAUACAUUACGGUAACAUCAACUCGUUUCGGAACUGUACCGUUCUCGAGGGUAAUAUCAAUAUCCUUCAGACUUCCUUGAACGGUUACCAACACGUUUACGAUAAUUUCACUUUCGGCGAAAGAUACCCUCCGAUGCAUCCGAGUGCCUUAGAAGUGUUUAGUUCGUUGAAACAAAUAACGGGAUAUUUAAAUAUACAAGCCUACCAUCCCGAUUUUAAGAACCUUUCGUGCUUCCGAAAUUUAGAAGAAAUCGGCGGGAGAACUUUAUACGAGUAUUCUACUUCGUUAUAUAUCGUUAAAACGUCUUUGGAAUCAUUGGAACUCAGUUCGUUGAAAACUAUAAAAAUGGGAACCGUUGCUAUACUAGAAAACCAACAUUUAUGUCUCGCCGAAGGUAUCAAUUGGAAAUCGCUACAAAAAAGCAACGAAAGUCAUCUUAUGUUAUCGAAUAAUAGUGAUAGCGGAAGCUGUAAAAAACGAGGACUGGUAUGCGAUUCCCAAUGUAGCGACGACGGAUGCUGGAGUCCUGGACCUAAUCAAUGUCUCUCUUGUUUGAACUACAGAUUAGGCCGCACUUGUUUGCAGAAUUGUAACGUUAAACCAGGAUUAUAUAGAGCCAGUACGAACGAAUGUAAGCCGUGCCACGAACAGUGCGGUUCUUCUUGCCACGGCCCCGGAGCUGAUAACUGCACGUCUUGCAAACAUUUACGCGACGGCAACUUUUGCGUGUCAAAAUGUAUGCUAAAUAAAUAUGAAGAACACGGUUUUUGCCAACAGUGCCACCAAAACUGCGUCGAAAGUUGUACCGGUCCUUCUAAUGUUCUUGGAAAAGGAGGAUGUGACGCGUGCCAACUUGCCAUUAUCAAAGAGAAUAAUUACGUUUGUUUGAAUAGGAAGGAUACAUGUCCUGACGGUUAUUAUUUUGAAUAUAUCGGACCGCACAGUUUGGAAGGUUCGAAUCCUAAUACGACGGCCGUCUGUAGAAAAUGUCAUCCUAGAUGCAAGAAAUGUACGCAGUACGGUUUCCACAAGUCAAUAUGUCAAGAAUGUACCCAUUUCAAAAAAGGCGAACAAUGCGAAGACGAAUGUACCCCAGAUUAUUAUCCCGACGUUACCACUAACGAAUGUAUAUCUUGCGAUAAAGAAUGCCGAGGUUGUACCGGUCCAGGUCCGGAUAAUUGUAUUCAAUGUCAAAGUACGAAAUUUUUCGCCGACGGUUAUAUCGAUUUGAACAGUACAAAGUUCACCUGCGUAACUACUUGUCCAAUAGAUUAUCCCUAUAGACUUUUUUCGGUGGAUGCUAACGCGUACUGUUCGAACAUAGCUUCCAGUUCUAUGUUAGCUUCCGAGAAACACACAUCGGAAAUGAUCAUUAUCAUAGUAGGAGUGAUAGUAGGCGUUUGUAUUUUGGUACUUUUAGCAGGUUUCUUCUAUUAUUGUCAGAGAAAAGAAAAACUCAAAGAAAACGCUAUGAAAAUGACUCUAGCUUUGACAGGUUUAGAAGACGACGAACCUUUAAGACCGACGAAUGUAAUGCCGAAUAUAGCAAAAUUGAGAAUCAUCAAAGAAACGGAAUUGAGAAAAUCUAAUAUCUUAGGAUGCGGCGCUUUCGGUAAAGUAUACCAGGGUGUGUGGAAUUUGGAAGGUGAAGGUCAUAAUUCGGCGAAAAUACCCGUCGCUAUUAAAGUAUUAAGAGAAGAUACCGGAGCCAAUACAAGUAAAGAUUUCUUAGACGAAGCUUAUAUUAUGGCUACAGUCGAUCAUCCGAAUCUGCUUCAACUUUUAGGCGUUUGUAUGACUUCUCAAAUGAUGUUGAUUACUCAAUUAAUGUAUCUCGGUUGUUUACUGGACUUUGUAAGAAAUAAUAAAGACAGAAUAGGUUCUAAAACAUUCCUAAAUUGGUCUACGCAAAUAGCCAGAGGAAUGGCCUAUUUGGAAGAAAAACGUUUGGUACAUAGGGAUUUGGCAGCUAGGAAUGUUUUACUUCAAACUCCUGGUUUAGUUAAAAUAACCGAUUUCGGUCUAGCGAAACUACUAGAUAUAAAUGAAGAAGAGUACAAAGCCGCUGGUGGUAAAAUGCCUAUCAAAUGGUUAGCUUUAGAAUGUAUACAACAUCGUAUCUUUACACAUAAAUCGGACGUAUGGGCAUUUGGUGUUACGGUAUGGGAAUUACUCACGUUCGGCGACCGCCCUUACGACAACGUCCCCGCUAGAGAUGUACCUGAAUUAUUAGAAAAAGGCGAAAGGCUACCGCAACCUGAAAUAGCCAGUAUAGAAGUUUAUAUGAUACUAAUCAAAUGUUGGAUGUUGGACGCUGAAAGUAGACCUUGCUUCAAAGAAUUAGAAGAAGAUUUUUCCAAGAUGGCACAAGAUCCCGGAAGAUAUUUAGCUAUUCCCGGAGAUAAAUUUAUGAGACUGACGAAUUUCCCUAACCCACAGAAUGACAGAGAAAUUGUUCGAAGUCUAGCUUCCGUCAUGGAAUCAUCGCAUAGUACCUUCGAGAACGAUAACCAUCUACAGCCCAAAUCUAGAGCUCCCCUACACGCUUCGCUAUCGGAUAGUAGUUCAUCACAAAAUCAAAAUCAUCUGAAUCAAAAGUUGUUGAGGUACGCUCAAUCCCAUGGAUUCGAUUCCUCAGUUCCUACACAAUCUGAUGCAUCCAGCAUCAAAUACUGCGGUAGUUUAAUGAAAAUGAGAGACGAUAUCGGCUCAGACGAAUACGAUUCUGUAGCUAGAUCGCAAGCUAAAGUUGGUACAUUGAAAUUAGAUCUUCCCGUCGACGAAGACGAUUAUUUGAUGCCUUCUCCGCAACAAGGUCAAGGAAUUACCACCUACGUAGAUUUAAUCGAUUCCAAAUCGUCUGAUCCUUCAACUUCUUAUACUAAUUACCAAGAUUUUUACAAAAACAACAUCGAUAAUCCCGAAUAUCUGAUGAAUAACGAUACGCCUAGUCAAACAGUAGGACUUCCCACAGUUUCGGAGUUCGUUAACGCUUCCUCGGGUACUUUAGGCCAAGCAUCCGGAUUUAAACCACCUCAAAUGUAUUUACCGCAAAAAAGUACAGAAGAAGAAUCCGAUCACGAGUAUUAUAAUGAUUUCGAUAGGCUGCAAAGAGAAUUACAACCUCUGCAGAAAAAUAUAAACGGGGCUAUCGUUUGAAAAAAUAUACGGGGAUUUUAUUUUUUCUUUUUCUAAUGUACAAAAAAUGAUGUACAAACAUAUAUUAAGACGAAGUCAACAAAAUUGAUGUGCUUUGAUUUCAAGAUCGCUUGAUAUGAUAUCAACGAUAUAGAUUCAAAGAGAAUGUAGGACAUGAAGGUAAUUUUUUGAAGAAAACUUGAACGGAAAACGUAGAUCGUUCCUAUUUUAGGAAUAUAACGUUAAUAAAAAAUCAAUUAACGAAUUAAAACCCAUUAUUAUUUAUUUUUGAACAUUAAUGAGCCGAAGCACUUUUUGUCAAUGCAAAAUAUCUCGCUGUUGCACCAGAGAAAAGCUCUUUACCGACAUUUUUGUGACAGUUAAUAGUAAGCUUGGAGAAGCUCGUUUCUAUCUAAGUUCAUUAUUAUAUUUGAUUAAUUAUGGCCAUUACGUUUAUUUGACUCAUCGAAUAUUUUAAUAACUUCAAUUUUCAUAUUUUUAUGUGAUUCUUCAGGAUAAUUCAAAAUUCUUCUGAUUUGUGGCUCUUUCGUGGUCGAAAUAAUCGCGAUCUAAGUAUAUUGCCAGUACACGAUGGUUUGUGAGUAUAAAUUGCAAUAUCAUGGUCCGAAUUCGCCAAAUAAGUACAACAUAUACAAAAUUAAUCUAUGUCGUUUAUAUUUUCAACCAAUCUUGUAUAUGAAUUUUCAAAAAGCCUAUCCCCAUAUUAUAAUCAACAGGGAAACCGAAAAACACGCGAAAAAUACGCGACCGAAUUAAAUUUAGAGCAGUUUUUGACUUUGUUUGCAUUUGUACUUUCAAUGCGGAGGCGAGGCUGUGGAAAAACGAUACUGUUUUAAAUGCUACUUAAUUAGAUUAUAUAUGAACUCUAAAAGUCAAAAUAAUUGACAAUAACUGUAGUGCCAUGAAGAUGGCGAAACUUAUGUACAUAAUUUUUGCAUGAAAUUUUACUAUAUGAAAUGAUACAAGAAAAAUGAAAAUCGAACUACUAUCACUAUAGUAUUUUGGAUUUUACAAUUUUCCUGUGUACGUUUCUUUUUUGUAUAUAUACAUAUUUGUAUUUAACUAUUAGGGUGAGUUAUUGAGGGGAAAAGUGAUGCCAAUAUCCUAAAUAUUCUUGCCCAAACUAUCUGUGAUAAAUUUUUAAUAAAUUUUGUACAAUACGAAUAUUUUGAUAUAAUUAAGAAUAUUUUAAAUAAUAGCGUCAUUAUAACAUCGACCAAAAACGAUAUUCGACAUUCAAAUCUCAAAAUUAAUCAGUUUUUACACCUACUUCAAAAUUGAGAAGAAAACUUUUUAAUCAGCGUCAAUAAAUCAAUAAUAGUUUUAUUAUUUUUUGGUAGAUGUCACUAGAAGCUGCUAUUUCUUACGAAACUAUCAAGUUGAAACAUUAAGAUUCUAUUAAUUCGAAUAUUAUAACAAAAUCUCUGAUAAAUCUCAUUUGUACGUAUUUUUUUUUAUAUAUAUAAAAUGUUUGGACCUUAAAAACUGUUAUUACUUAUUAUUUUGUUAUAAAAGCACUAAAAGUUGUGCCAUCUUAUUCUAGGAGAAAGUGCCUUGUAAUUUUUCCAUAUGAAUAUGUUUAUAAAGAUGAUUUUUAAUAAAAGCUAUAUUUUAAAA